AAACUCGCAAUGGUUUCAGACUUCGAAAGCCAUCUAGCUCGGCGACGUUCUCUUCGCUUUCAUACGAGCACAACCGUUGUUUAGAUUAUGCAUAGUAAUGGGGCUUCAAAUCAAUGGCUAGUCUAGUCUCCCAACCCAGGGCAGCCUCUCAGAGGCAUGAUUCUGCGCACUGGACCGAUCUUUCCGACAAUCAGAGUCCUAUUGAGGAGUCAGCUGUUUUGGAUACGAGUGAUCUUUCUGCACCACAAUUUCUCGCGUCAUCUGUAAGCCUUGCAGAUGAUGCUUCGAACUCCUCUCUGGUCCUCACAGAAGACCGUUUGUGUCGAACUUGUGAGACACUGGACUUCCAUGCGUUAUUCUUUACGGACAUCCGUAGAUAUCAAGAUGAGGAUAUCAAAUGGGAAUCGGAGUCGGUCGUGCACAACAGCAGCUGCCCAUUCUGCCGCUUCUUGUUCCAUGCCACCGCACUACAGUCUCUCAGGAAACACUCGAAAUAUCACCUCACUGGAAUUUCACAGCCAUAUGCGUCCUAUCAACUAGAGGACUGGUCUAGCAGGUGCGGUCGUCGAUUGCUCAUUAACAGAGCCUUGGAAAGCCAAACCGCCAUUAGCAUUCUUCCAUUAACGACUGUUAGCUCUUCCUCACUGUGGGAGAGUCCGAGAGAUUACUAUGGAGACCUCUUCCACGGACGAGACAUCACAUCUGGUUCCAUUGAUCUUGUGUUAAUCUCGAAAUGGCUACAGCGCUGCCACGAAACACAUCCUCCACAGGUCUGUAACCCCAAGGCCCCGCUAUCUUCAGCGCUACACAAGGUAGGGUUCCGUCUUAUCAACGUCGACAUGUCCUGUAUAAUAGAAGCAACCACCGAAGAGCAUUUCCUGGCUUUGAGUUAUGUCUGGGGAUGUACUGGACAGAUUAGGCUGACUGCUGAGAAUGUGAAUUCACUCAUGCAACAUGGUGCACUCGACAGAGUUGAGCUACCAAAGACAAUCUCUGACGCGAUAGUCUUAUGCCGUCUAUUAAAAGAAUCUUACCUCUGGGUAGAUAGUCUUUGCAUAAUCGAAGACGAGGGAGACGAGAAGGAAAGCCAAAUCAUGCACAUGGACUCGAUAUACCGACGAGCGCAUUUGACCAUCAUCGCCGCAGCAGGACCUGAUUGCAGUUCCGGCUUACCGGGGAUAACCAGGAAACGCACCAUCACCCAAUCCAAAAUUCGGAUUCAGGACCUUGACUUAAUCACAGUUCAAGCAUCGGUGUACGAGGAGCUGUAUCGGUCUACCUGGAACUCGCGUGGAUGGACCUUUCAAGAAAGCGUACUUUCCUGCCGCCGACUGAUAUUCCUACCCAACCAAGUCUUCUUCAGCUGCGGGGUCGGCGACUGGAUUGAGGAUACCUGUUUAGAGGUUUUCGGAGCCGUGAAGCCCGUUUUCUGGCGCCGACACGACUUCCCGCGGCUCGCUCUGGAUGACUUAGAAGGGCGUACGAAGGAGGACCUCUUCCGAAACGUGUACGUUCAUCUCCUGAACUCGUAUCUCCGCAGAGACCUCUCGAAAGCCGCGGAUAUAUUGAACGCAUUCUCCGGGAUCACGACAGCUCUACGGCCAUACCUAGGCCCCUUCAUCUACGGUGUUCCUAGAGAGCUGUUUUCGGUCAGUCUCACCUGGUCUGAGGACGAUAUUCCGGAGCGUCGACAAGGUUUUCCGUCCUGGUCCUGGGCCGGCUGGGUCCACUCCUCGACUACUAAAGUGAUGUUCCCAGCUCCGGUGAACGUCGAUCCGAUUCUGACGGCGUGGUUUCUCUCGCGCACCGGCAAGGUCAUCCGCAUAAGAUAUGAGGCUUUAGCGCCUAUGUCGCACCCUCUCUUGCGAGCACACUUCGGUCAACCACGGCGUCCGGUGGAGGAAGGGCUGGAAGUCCUUCUCCGUACCUGGCGAACACCGCCGCAUGUGUUAGCGUUCUACACCAGCUCCGCCAAAUUUGUCGUCUUGCCAUCGGAGAAGCGGUUCAAAGGUUCGGCAUAUUAUUCUAAGCUAAUCCCAAGCAGUAAGGUCCUCGAUUACGAAGAUUACAUCCUCGUGAACUUGGGCUUGCCGGAGGACUGGCUGCUGCGGCGCCCAUCGUCGCAAGAGUUCAUUGCGGUAGCUGAACAGCGCUCAUCGCGGAAGCUUUUCGUUGUAUUGGUUGAGUGGAUCGAAGGCAUUGCGUACCGGGUCAACAUGGCACAGAUCCUGGUCCCGGUGGCCUUUUGGCUACGUGCUAGGCCGCAGCGGAAGGCUGUGCUGCUUGGCUAACGGAUGCGAAGCUCUUCUUUCAUCCAUAAUUUUUGUAAUAGCUAAUGUCUUUCAGCCUCACUCGGUUGGCGAGGAUUAACAUCCUUUCACGGACUGCGGUCGUGGUCGCCGAGCUGACUAGGUGAACACACCCCUCGAUUCCCAUCUUUUGAGUGGAUAUACAAGGAUUUCAUUUCUUGUCUAUUUGGACCUGGUGGACAUGCCUGCUGCGAUACUGCGGUAAUCUUUUGUCAACAUUAGCGACUAUUCUAUGCUUGUCUGGAUAUAUGUUGAGGUGAUCUGAAAGCUAUAGCUUUCGUAUGCGUGAGUGCAGGAUCACAUGGCGCUAGAGAGGAAAUUGCAGGAGUACGCGGCUUUUCUAUCUUUAGUAGGAUUUAGUAUUUCUCCUAGUUGCAAACGGACCCAUACGUAGAAAUGUGCUACAUAAUAUUCCUAUUCCAUUCUUUGUUAC